UAAUCCAGAAACGCAGAAUGCACUGGGAGAAAGCACCACCACCACCAGGCCAGGCCCGGUCCAGACCGUACCAAGGUGUCCGGGUCCGUGACCCAGUCAAAGAGCUGCUGAGGAGGAAGAGAAGCCUGGAGCCGGCGCCCCCCCCCCAGGACGUGGUCACACGUGACACCCCGUCGUGGUACGCGCGAGGCGCGCUCGUCCCCGAGGUGGCGGAGCCGGCGGGUGACGGGGGUCCGCCGCAGGGCCCCGGGUGGAGAGCCCCGCCCUGGAGCCCCUCGGAGUACGCCCCGGUUCACGCGCCUCCGCCGGGCGCGUACCCGCCGAUCUCCGGGCACGCCGCCGACGUGUACGUGCAGACGCUGUGCCCGAGCUACGCCAUGCUGACCUACACGCACGCGCCGCUGCUCGCCAACUUUGGGACCGUACCUGUGGCCCCGGGACUAGGCUCCGCCCCUCAGAUGGAGCUCCCGGACUCAGGGCUGACCUACCUGCCCUGGGCCCAGCCCGUCACCACCAUAUCGACCAUGCCCAGCCAGGUCCAGUUCGGCUCGGCCGCCCAGCCCGUCUCUCCUCUGGUCCACGUGCCCCUUUCCAUGUCUCUGACCACGGUGAUCCCUCAGCUGGAGGAGGUGCACCACAUGGACCCGGACCUGGGGGAGGAUCCGGGGACGGAGGCACCGAGCCUCCUGGACAAGCUCCUGGAGGAUCAAGAGGCCGAUGGGCCAGAGGAGGACAAAGACUCGUAUGGCCGCUCGCUCUUCCUCCCUCCCAACUAGAGGCGUCAAAACAUCCACUUUUAAAAAAUCGAACCCCCCCGGGACACUCAUCUGUAAUUACAAGUCCUUUUUACAUCCAGCAACAAUUUUCACGUUUCUUUCAUGCAGCAAAUUCUGUUAUUGGAAAAACAACAAAAAAGGGUGUCUGUUGUUGCAUUUCAACACGUGUUGUUUCGCGCGUUGAGAGGAGCCGCCCCCCCCCACCCCGCGGCGGCCUCCAGGGCCCUGUCAUUAGAGCCGGCGCUCAUCACGUGUUGCUGCAGAGCUGCUUCUGCGUUCCAGCUGAUGGUUUCAUAUCAGCAGACUUGUGUGAGCAAGUUGACCCGCAGGAGCAAAGAUUUGUGAGUCAUCGUUUGCCUGAACCAUCGCAGAAGGGUUUGAGUCCUCUAUUAAACAAGUAUUGUGUAAUGAAGAAGAACAUCUGAACAUCUGAAAAAGUACAGGUUCAAGUCUUUUGAAACCGACUUACGGUCAAAAGUUUUAAAAUGCAAGAAAAGCUUCUUUAACCUUUCAAAGUGGUUUAACAUUUGCAUGUUUUAAAUAUACACUUAAAUACAGUUAAAAUAUUGUUUUACUCCGAGGAUUUAGAGCUGGUUCUGGUUCUUGGCUGAGGUUCAGGUCCCCCCCCCAGGGGGUAAACUGACAUUGUGUGAAUGCCCUCUGAAGUCUGUUUCUGAGCUCCUCGUUCUGUCCUCAGCUAACAUUUUUUUGGUGUAAACAUUGACUAAAACCUCCCUCAUCGCCCCCCCCCUUUGAAUUCUCAUCAAAUGAUUUAUCCGCUGACUCACUGGUGUUGUUCUCAAAGUCCACCAGAGACCGAGCCGUUAAUGUUCACGUGUCCUCAGGCAGUUUGGGUGUUAAAAAGGACAACAAUGAAAUCGGGCUUUCUGAUCUUUCUCUUUCUCUGUUUAUUUCAUCUCUAUGAAAUUAUUUCCAUCUCGAAAGGAUGUGGUUGGUGGCCUGAGAGGUUAUACGUGUUAAUGAGUUAACUGGAAAAAAGGCUUUGUUCCACCAGGUGUGCAGUGACACCUAUUAUGGGGUUAAAUCCUCUGGAAGACGCGAUACGCUCCAAAUCUGGGGAACAAUUAUUAUUAUUGUCUUAGGUAAUUUAAUUGAAAACAAUCUACAACAUAAGAGCUGCUGAUUGAAUGAAGGUCUUACAGUUAACGGCUCCAUCUUGAAGAAGAGGUCAUCUUGUCUUUUGCUUCGGCACCAUCUCACAAAUCCAAAGUGCAACCAUGUUGCACGCAUUAUCUAUCUGGAAAUCCAGUAUAUGGUGUUCAGCACCUAGGUAAACAGAAGCCUUAGUACACAAUCAGUACAGGCGGCUCUGUCGGGUUUCCAUAAAACUGUGGCUCAUGUUGUCAACACUUUCCUUCUUUAAUGGCUGAGAGCAUAAUAACCUCCUCAGACCUGUGCUAUCAAAUGCUGUCAAACCCUUUUGUUGCACUUUAGGGACAUAAGUAAACUGAUCCGUACAGGAAUGAAGUUAUCGGAGUACGUGUUUAUGCAGCUGUGCUUUGUUGAGAUGUGGCGAAGCCAAAGGGUCCGACUGGUGAAUCUGUGAACCUCUUUUUACAUUGAACCUAGAAGAGUUGUAGUUAAACAGUUGGGUAUAUAUAGCUUAGCAUAGGGACAAGAAGGCCUAUCUGUAUACCGACCAGCACCUGUCGAGCCCACUUAUGAUUCUUUUGUUUAAUGCUUUAUGGCCACAACAAAAGGCUUUUAAAACGUAGACGACUACGACAACAUACAUCCAUAUAAGUAGAUGGACUGAAUGUCCUAAAAGCUCUCCAAAGCCCAGGAGGCCUCAGAAGGUGCGAAUCUGCUAUCGUUCACAGCCCUCCAGCAUUUGAAUUAACGUUGCCUUCAUCCAUGAAAAUAAAAACCCCAGCGUUUUGCAAGAGGCACAACAGCAACAGCCGGGGGAACAAGAACCAGCGCAGUCCUCCAGGAACCUGUUCUUCUGCUCUGCAUGUGGAGGUUAUCGUUUGCAAAAGUUCAGGUAGCCACAAAAAUAGGGAUACGCACGAUUUGACGCCCUCCUUAAGGUCGUUACUUCACAUCCCCUUGGUUGACUUGGCUGGAGGGUUAAUGCAAUCAUAUGGAGAUGAAUCUGUAUGUAAUGUGACAUCUCUGUGGGUGGAGCGGCUGUUUCAGUCAGAUUGUGCUCAUUGAUCAGUUAAUAAACCGCUAACAGUAAAGUCAUUGCUUCCUUCUUGGGAAACCCCUUUAGCCUUUGUUGCCACGCAAUGAAAUACGCCGACAGAAUGGACACAC